UCCCCCAAUCCUCCUACAGUUAUCUGGAGGAAAGCACGAAAGACUAAAAUAGCUGAUGAAGCUGAUUCUUACCAGUUUAAAACAACCCUAGUCACAACUUUCUAAUAAGACAGACUUCCUUUCCUUCCUUCCUUCCUUAAACACAAGUGCUGAAAGGAGAAUUCAGUAGAAAAGACUCCGUCACUAACCCAAAAGUGUGGCACCCAUGGCUCUCCAGAUACUGUCGGGCUCCCAUCAGCCUCAGCCACCAAAGACAGUGGGGAAUUCCAAAUAAUUAUAUUUGGCAAUAUCAGAAAAGUGUAAGUGAAGUUUUACUAAGAAUUUUGACUUCUAUACUGUAUGCACAAGAAAACCCCAGAGAAGAACAUGAAUUUUUCACUUGCUGAAAACGAAACUGGAAAAAACUCCACAGAAAUGACUGUUACUUACUGUGAUACGGAAGAGAAAUCACUAUCUUUAACUCUACUAUUUUCAUAUUCGGUCAUUUUUGUAAUUGGAUUGGUUGGCAAUAUUACUGCCCUGUAUGUUUUUCUGGGCAUUCCUUGCAAGAAGAACUCUAUCCAUGUUUAUUUGCUUAAUGUUGCCAUCGCAGACCUCCUACUGAUCUUUUGUCUCCCUUUCCGAAUGUUCUAUCACAUAGCCCAGAACAAGUGGCUGUUGGGCUUGAUUUUUUGCAAGAUUAUAGGAAACUUAUUUUAUAUGAACAUGUACAUUAGCAUCGUACUACUAGGGCUUAUUAGUUGGGACCGUUAUGUAAAGAUUAACAAAUCUAUACAACGCCCUAGAGUGUUAACAGCAAGACAAAGCAUAUAUUUGUGUUGUACGCUGUGGACAGUUGCAAUAAUGGGAUUUAUACUGAUGGUUGUUCAGUCUACCAGGAAGGAAGAUAAACAUUCAUCAAAAUGUUUCCAUUACAGAGAAAAGCAAAAUGCCAAAAUGGAAGCAGGUGUUAAUUAUAUUCUUGUUAUAAUAUUUUGGAUUGUUUUCAUUCUACUGAUUCUGUCGUAUGUUAAAAUUGCAAAUAAUCUUCUGAAAAUUUCCAAGAAGAGAACAAGUUUUCCUAAUACUAGAACAUAUGUUGCCAUUGCAAGGAAAUCUUUCAUAGUACUUAUCAUUUUCACAUUAUGCUUUGUUCCUUAUCAUAUAUUCAGAUUAAUUUAUAUCACUUCACAACUACAAAAAACCCCUUGUUACUGGCAACAGAUCAUUCACAAAUACAAUGAGAUUACACUAGUCUUCUCAUCAUUUAACAGCUGCUUAGAUCCAGUUAUGUAUUUCUUAAUGUCCAGAAGUGUCCGGAAAACUGUACUUCAACUGAUUUGUAAGCGGCUUCAUGUGGAUUCAAGUGUGAAUGAGAGUACUUCAGAGACAAAACAAGGACAUUCUUUUCAAGAUAAUUCAGAAAUCCCAAGUCACCAUUCCAGAAUGCAUCUUAAUAAGAUUAACAAUUAAUAUAUAUUUCUGCUCAGAAGUAACUUCCAUUUGAGUUCAGUGAGUGAAUAGGAUUGCAGCUUAAAGUUAACAAAUCCUGUCAACACAGAUAACAUUUUUACAUGAUCUUAGUUUUAGUUACUCUCAUGCAGAACUUCCUUAAAAAUUCGCUUUGGUAACCACAUAUAUAAUUUUGUAAUAGCUAAGACUUUUAAAUUUAAGAGUAAGAUUUCUGAGAUGAAAAAGUAGUAAUAGCUGUGGAUGCAGUAGACUUUUGAAAGGGUGUGCAUGUAAAGUAUAUUAGAAACAGAAAGUAAACUCCCCACAAGACUCUUGUGUAUGUAAUGAUGUUUGUUAGCAUUAAUUAUCAAUAACAUUUUAUAAUUGUACUGCAUACUAUAGACUUACAUUAAU